CAGCGCGUAACGACAAUAAAAUAAAAACAGCACGCAGAUCGCGGCGUUUGGCUCGUUACAGCAGCCAGUGGGCAGCUCCGAGCCAAACCCUCUCUUGCCAACCGCAGAGGGAGGAAUGGGCUCCCCGAGAGAGGCCGCUCCGUGGAGACAGACCUCUGGGCGGCGGCUUCAGGACCAGGCCGCGCGUGGUCUUGCUGCGGGUUGUGCAACCGGCCAGCUGGGUCCAGGAAAGGAGGCAAAGGCUUUGCGCUCUCCAGCACAGACAGUCGGUGGAGCCAGCGCGGGGCUGGAGGGGAAAAAAGCCGUCCUGACGCCGGACCUCUCCACCCCGCUCCGGCGUGAACCUCCCUGGACCUGCCGGCCGCUUCCCAGAAUGACCCCUUGUGGGAAACUGCCUGCACAUCGCAGCCUGGAGGGACGACCUGCCUGGGGGACAGGAAGCUUGUGACCAAGGCUCCGGAGAAAGGACGCCCCGGGGCUGUGAUUUCCUGGCGGCAGUUUCUGUUUGCCUGUGGCUGCACCCACCCCCAUGUGUGGUCUGCGCCGUAAGUACCUGCGUCCCAGGGAGAACUUAGAAAAGCAGCCUCGGGGUGCGCGGCAGCCUUCAGACGAGAGCGCCUGCGCCUCUGCACGGACUCCUGGGGCCGCCCUGCACACGGAACGCUCGCCCUCCGUCGCCAUGGACAACGGGUCCUGCUGCCUCCUCCAGGGGGACCCCAUCGCGCAGGUGAUGCCCCCGCUGCUGAUUCUGUUCUUCGUGCUGGGCGCCCUGGGCAACGGCAUCGCCCUGUGCGGCUUCUGCUUCCACAUGAAGACCUGGAAGCCCAGCACGAUCUACCUGUUCAACCUGGCCGUGGCCGACUUCCUGCUCAUGAUCUGCCUGCCGCUGCGGACGGACUACUACCUGCGGGGCCGGCGGUGGGCCUUCGACGACGUCCCCUGCAGGGUGGCGCUGUUCAUGCUGGCCACAAACAGGGCCGGGAGCAUCGUCUUCCUGACGGUGGUGGCCGUGGACAGGUACUUCAAGGUGGUCCACCCCCACCACGCGCUGAACGCCAUCUCCAACCGGACGGCGGCCGGCCUGGUCUGCGCCCUCUGGGCCACGGUCAUCCUGGGGACGCUGCACCUUCUGACGGAGAGCCACCUGUGCGUGCAAGCGACCACCGUGUCUUGUGAGAGCUUCAUCAUGGAGUCGGCCAACGGCUGGCACGACAUCAUGUUCCAGCUGGAGUUCUUCCUGCCCCUCGGCGCCAUCCUGUUCUGCUCCUGCAGGGCGGUCUGGAGCCUGCGGCAGAGGCGGCAGCUGGUGCGGCAGGCCCGCAUGAGGAGGGCCACGCGCUUCAUCGCGGUGGUGGCGGCCGUGUUCGUCACCUGCUACCUGCCCAGCGUGUCGGCCCGGCUGUACUUCCUGUGCACGGUGCCCUCCAGCGUCUGCGACCCCUCCGUCCACAUGGCCCUCCACGUGACCCUCAGCUUCACCUACAUGAACAGCGUGCUGGACCCCCUGGUAUACUACUUUUCCAGCCCCUCGUUCCCCAAGUUCUACACCAACCUCAAAAUCUGCAGCCCGAGACCCAAGCGUGCGGGGCGCCCCAAGACGCGGCGGCCGGAGGAGAUGCCCAUCUCGGACUUGUGUCGCCGGAGCUGCGCCAGCGUGGCCAACAGCUUGCAGAGCCAGUCGGAGCUGCCGUGGGAUCUCCGAAUGUGAGCGCCCCGCCCCAAAACAGACGGACAGAAUCCAGGAGGACAGACUGGAGACUUCGAAAGAACUCCCGCGAAGGGGUGGGGGCUGGGCUGUGAUCUCCUCGCUCUGGUGGAAACUGACCUCAGGCUGCCGCGCCUUUUUGGAAGGUCCCAGUGGAGAAGUGAGUGGGUCACAUUUAUGGGAUCUGAUUGCAAUGACAGCAGACGACAGGUGCUCGUAGUGGGCAUGGGGGGUGGGAGGGGAGGGGGGUGUCAGGAAGAGCUGGGCUCCUGUGGCAUUUCAAACAGCUGAGGAAAUAGGUACUAAGCCUGUCCCGUCCUCUCUCUCCCGGGGAGUUAAUGAACUUGGUGACCUACCAGCAUUUCUUCUCCUCUGACCUGAAAUCAUCCCUCGUCUUGGAAAACAGAAACGGGACUAAGUCGACACCUUUAUGUGGGGCUGAGGGAGGCUCUGCAGACUGGAACACCUUAGUCUGAUGGUUUUCAUC